CUGUUGAAACCUUUCAGUUUCAUCUUCAGGUAGGGCUAAAGAAGACCGAUUAUGAGGCCCCUCAGCAUAUUCCUGCUGCUCUCCAUGGCUCUGUGCUGCUUCAUGUAUACUGUUCAAGCUGAACCCCGAGAGGCUAAUUGUGAUUUCUCUUCUGGAUGCAAUUUUAAUUUUGAGCCUGUCUGUGGCACUGAUGGUAAUACCUAUCCCAAUGAAUGUCUUCUGUGUAUUGUAAAUAAGGGAAGAGAUGUUGAUGUCCUCAUCAAAAAAUCUGGGAAAUGCUGAGGAACCAAAAUAUCUUGGAGCACCUAGUAGGUGGUACCAAGGCUAGGCAGCCCAAUUUAUUAAUAAAUAUA